CUUUAUGACUUUGGACAUAUCAGUGCCAAAUAAUUUUGUUUACAAAUGUGAAAAUCAUGUUGCGGAGAUACAUUUUAUCGCUUGGGUCAAGAGAGAUAGUAAAAUGCCAUAAGCGUUUGUUGAAUUUAGAUGCAGUUGCACCUAUUGGCACUACUCUUGAAAAAGAUGCAAGUUACAAGGAAAAUGCAGAUACAAUGCAAUCCCUUGUGGAAGACUUGAAAGCCAAAGUCAAUAAAAUCACACAAGGUGGAGGUGAAGCAGCUAGAAAGAAGCACACAGAUCGAGGGAAAAUGUUACCCAGGGACAGAAUUAACUCAUUGCUGGAUCCACAGUCUCCUUUCCUUGAGCUGAGUCAGUUGGCAGGGUACCAGUUGUACAGAGAGGAGGAGGUUCCUGCGGGGGGCAUCAUCACAGGGAUAGGUCGUGUGUCUGGAGUAGAGUGUAUGAUUGUAGCCAAUGACCCGACCGUCAAGGGUGGGUCAUACUACCCUGUCACAGUCAAAAAACACCUGAGGGCCCAGGAGAUUGCCCAGCAGAACCAUCUACCCUGUAUAUACCUAGUUGACUCGGGAGGAGCUAAUCUCCCCCGACAGGAGGAUGUUUUUCCAGAUAGAGAUCACUUUGGAAGAAUUUUUUUCAAUCAGGCCAACAUGUCCGCCCUCAAGAUACCUCAGAUAGCAGUAGUUUUAGGUAGUUGUACUGCUGGUGGAGCCUACGUCCCAGCCAUGGCAGAUGAAAGCAUCAUUGUCAAGAAGCAUGGGACAAUUUUCCUUGGAGGUCCUCCUUUGGUGAAGGCAGCGACUGGGGAGGAGGUAUCAGCCACUGACCUGGGAGGGGCGCAGCUACACUGUAGUAAGUCUGGGGUGACCGAUUACUUUGCUCAAGAUGACCUUCAUGCACUCCACCUGGCCAGACGAUGUAUAAAAAACAUCAACUAUACCAAGGACCCAAAGGUUACCAUAGAAACCCCUGAGGAGCCUAUCCACCCUGCUGAGGAAUUAUAUGGAAUUGUGGGAGCAAAUCUAAAGAAGACAUUUGAUGUUAGAGAGGUCAUAGCUAGGAUUGUUGAUGGAAGUAAAUUUGAUGAAUUUAAAACAAUGUAUGGUGAAACAUUAGUUACAGGUUUUGCUAGACUAUGGGGAUACCCUGUGGGAAUUCUGGGAAAUAACGGAGUGCUCUUCAGUGAAUCGGCAUUAAAGGGAACACACUUUAUAGAACUUUGUUGUCAAAGAAACAUACCUCUUAUAUUUCUUCAGAACAUAACUGGUUUUAUGGUUGGUCGAGAUGCUGAGGCAGGGGGUAUAGCCAAGCAUGGAGCUAAAAUGGUAACAGCUGUGGCCUGUGCUAAAGUACCUAAAUUUACUGUGAUAAUAGGAGGCUCCUACGGAGCAGGGAAUUAUGGGAUGUGUGGCAGGGCAUACAGUCCCCGAUUCCUGUAUAUGUGGCCCAAUGCCAGGAUUUCUGUGAUGGGAGGGGAGCAGGCUGCCAGUGUUUUAGCUCAGAUCACACGAGAACAGAGGAUAAAGGCUGGGAAAGAGUUCACACCAGAUGAGGAGCAAUUAAUAAAAGUCCCAGUGAUAAAGAAAUAUGAAAAGGAAGGUCAUCCAUAUUAUGCCAGUGCCAGGUUGUGGGAUGAUGGCAUUAUAGACCCUGUAGACACACGUACUGUGUUAGGACUCAGCAUCAGUGCUUCCCUGAAUGCUCCUCAACAGAAUACACAAUUUGGAGUCUUCAGGAUGUGAAGGACACUCUACUUCUCAAUGAAUAGUGGAACAAUAAGAAUUGUCUUGAUAAACAGUCUAGAAAGUGCAGGGCAUUUGUGUGUGUAGCCAAAAGUCAUUGUGAAAAUUUAAGUAUUGCUGUUGUAUUUUAAAUUGUUUGGUAAAGUACUAGUGUAUUGUGGAGAAGAAAUUCAGACUUUAGCAGGAUAUGUUUGCUGUAUUUUUGACGAACAUUAAAACUAUCAUCUUAGGAGAAGAAAUUAUUUAUGUGUGAUGUUUAGAAUACUCAAAGGAUGGAUCAGUUUAAAUUCAAUGUGUACAUGUUCAGCACCUGACAGACAUUUAUACAUUAUAUUGAUAGUAAUAUGAAUUUUUGUUUGACAGUAAAGUAAAUCAGGUAUUGAUUUAAGAAAUGAAUAUAAUUUUUGAUGAGAAAAUGAACUGUUUUUUAAAUGUAAAGAAUCUUAGAAAAAAGGAAAUUGGAAAAGUAAAUAUAAAUGA